UCUGUUUGUGGGUGGUAGCUAGUGCUUGGAGUCAACUCCGUACCUGUCAAUCUGAAAAACCCUUGCCAAAACAUUCUGAGAAACUGGCUAUCUCGAUCACUAACAAUGUUCUUGGGAGAUCAUGGAUUUUGAACACCUCUCAUAAAAAACUAUUCGGCAAUUUUAGUUGCCUUAAACUCGAAAGAUAUAGUGUAGAAGUGGGCUUAUUCUAUCCACCAUGAAAAAGAUGCAAUCCUUACAUUGUAGAGGUCCUUGAACGACCCUAGAAAACACUAUAAAGAUAAUAAAUAAUAAGUACAUAUUGUAUAGAUUAGGUUGGGUUUUUAUUUACAAAGAGCUUCCCCUUCUAAUUUGAAGAACAGUUCCACUACGUAUUUGUUUCAUUUUGUGUUGCACCAGAAGGUGCAAAUUAAAAUGCUAAUAAACUAUAGUGCAAGACUACACCCACAGGGAAUUAUUGGACUACAUCCAAUGAUUAGCCAUUGAAGUUCUUGGUCGUCUUCUGAAGUGCCAUAAGGCUUUUUUGUGAUUUUAAAUUAUUUCUAAUUUAAUUGAGGGAAACAAAGGAAUCUGAUUGGAGACUAAGAAGAUAUGUUUGAAACUCGAAAUUCCAGCUUAUACCCUUUGCAUCGUUGCAAAACUCUGCACAUAGUAAGGCAUGCACAAGGCUACCACAAUGUGACUGGAGAUAUAGACCGGACAGUUUUGUUGUCCCAUGAACUAGCUGAUGCAAGCCUCACUCCUUUGGGAUGGCAACAGGUUGAUAUUCUUCGCAAGCAAGUGGCAAUUAUUGGCAUUGCUUCUAGGGUUGAGUUGGUUGUGACAUCCCCAUUGACAAGGACUAUACAAACAGCAGUAGGUGUUUUUGGUGGUGGAUAUUACAAUGACAGUGAUCCAUCUCCCCCAUUAAUGGUGGCUGGUGCUGGUAGGAGUGAUCGUGCUGCAAUUUCAAGUUCAAAAUGCCCACCCUUUUUAGCCAUGGAAUUGUGUCGAGAACGCAUGGGGCUACAUCCUUGUGACCAGAGAAAAAGCAUCAGCGAGUGUCAGACCCUUUUCCCUGCUAUUGAUUUUUCACUGGUAGAAACAGAUGAGGAUGUUUUGUGGAAGCCAGAUGCUAGAGAAAAAGAAUAUGAUAUUGCAGCUCGUGGAGUAGCAUUUCUUAACUGGUUAUUGACACGAAUGGAAAAGGAAAUAGCUAUCGUUUCACAUAAGGGCUUUUUAAAACACACAAUGGCCCUCUUUGGGAAGGAUUGUCAUCCAUUGGUUAGAAAUGAGAUCCACAAAGAACUUGCUAACUGUGAACUUCGUUCUUUUGUUAUUGCUGACAGAAGUGGAAUCAGUACUAGUUUGCGUAUAACCGAUUUUCCAGGGUACAUUCCUUCUUGUCUUAAUGUCUCUAAAGAUUAUGAUGGUGUAAAGAAUACAGAGGAUGAACAUGCGCUAGCCUUUCCUCCUCGUACUGAUGUUCCUAUUGAUUGUGAUGAUGUGAAGAGUACAAAGAAAGAAUUUACAGCAGCUUCAAAAUAAUCUCAAAUCCACCGAUUUUCUAAGCAGUCUAAUAAUCCCAUUGAAGUGAUGAGCAUUUCAACAGAGCACAAAUGACAUGUAUUUAUCCAAGAAUUUGUACGAGAUACUACUUAGUCUGAAAGGCUACAUAUUGGAAAAAAACAAAUACCUAGUUGGAUGGCGUGCCGAACUCCUUAUUUAAAUAAAAUUUGCAAAGAUGAAAUUUGGUCUUUGUCUU